AUGGCAGCCUUCAAGAAUCUUGCUCUCUUUGUGUCCCUCACAUUGCUGAUCUCAAGCAAUACUGCAACUGCAAGUAGAGACAUUCUCAUUAAGAAACCUGGAGUUUCGUCAAGAAUCGAAGAUGAAGGCAGUCUAGUUGAGUGCUUUAAUGCACUCGUGGAGAUAAAAUCUUGCAUAAACGAGAUUGUCUUAUAUUUCACGAAUGGCCAAGCUGAUAUUGGUCCUGACUGUUGUCGUGCUAUCCAUAUCAUAACUCAUAAAUGCUGGCCAGCCAUGUUUACUUCUCUUGGCUUCACUGAUGAGGAAGGAAACAUACUUAGAGGCUAUUGCGAUGCUUCUCCUUCAUCCUCUGCUCUUGUUAGUCCUGCGUCUGCUCCGUCACGAUAUUAG